AUGACGGGAAAGUCUGGGGUCGUAAUCGCGACUGAGAAGGAAGCGCAGAAAGCCGAGGUUGCGCGGAGGUACUGGGAGCAGUGUGGGGGAGGCGUGGAGCGAGAGAUUGAUCUGCGAGUGGGCGAUUUGCUGGAGACGUUGAAGGUGGUGUUGCCGCUGGUCGAUCUUUUGCUUCUUGAUAUCUGGUCCGCCCUUCCGUUACCGACCUUGAAGACCGUUCUUCCGAGGCUACGACACGGCGCGGUGGUCUUGACUGAUAAUACCAUCUCGGGCGCAGAGGGAUACAAGGACUUGCUGGCGUACGUGCGAGGGCCGAAGGGUGACUUUCAGAAUGUGACGUUGCCGUUUGCGAAUGUGUUCGAGAUGUGUGUGUACAUGCCUCGGGACCGGUCGGGGUAA